AUGUCAGAUCUCCAGGGUGAGUUGCUAGUCGUUCUAAUUCUCGCAUUUGAAGGUCUUCCUAUAUCUGAGUCUAAUCCUACCUGGCACAAUAUGCCUUGGUGGAGAUAUCCAGCUCAGCGCUAUGUGACGUGUGUAUUUUUGUUAUUCUCAACUGUCUGCCUCCCCAUUGUCUGUCCUGUGUCCCCUGAAGGUGCAGAGGCUGCUCGAGCAAAUUUUGGAUGGGCCUCAGCCGCCAGUGGCGGUGAAGCACCUGUAGCGACUCCUGAUCUCGAGGCCACCCCAGAUCUUCUUCAGCAUUUAUCACGGGAGACACCUUCCCACCCAGAUGCACAACGAUCACAAAUUAACCAAGACAAACUAGCGGUACCACCUUCAGACACGGAUCCCGCAGGAACUCCAUAUGGUGCUUCACGUCGAACUACUUUAGAUACAGGUCUUCGCCUUAGCCCUUCUUCGGCGUUCAGAAUAGUAAGUCGUCAACGGAAAACUGUGUCAGAUUCUACGCGGUCAGAAGACAACAUAAGAAGCUCGAGUCUCUCCAAGUCGACGAUAGCCGAUGGCGAGCAAGCGAUCACAGCAGUAGAAAAUACCCGAGAUUCCUUCGACUUUCCUCCUCCUGUACCUCUGAGUGUUGACUUACAAAAGACUGCCGUUGAACCUCGGUCGAGAAAUACACCAGAGAAUGGAGAGAGGGAAUCCUUGCCCGAUCGGGUCGUCACAAUUCCGACAGGGAGAAGCAGCGGUACAAGUCUUGCGACUGAAGUAGGAUUGUCCUCGGGAGGUGCUGCAUUGCGGGAACAUCAUUCAUUCCCAUAUUCUUCUGAUGUUGGGGAACUGAGAACUUCAAUGUCGCAUUCGAGGCCAGCAUUUCCCUUCACCAUCCCGACAAGAGGCGGAUCAUCAAUGCAAAGUACAGAUCAUGGGGUCUCAAGUACAGAAGGCCCAACAACCCGAGAUCGAGCAAGCGUGGAUAGUUAUACAUCUCAAUCCAAUUCUGGUAUGUUCAGAAACGCCGUCGAAAUUUUGAGCAAUCCGGCAUUGAGGGACCGGGAGUUACUUCAAAGAGGCAAUCAGCCUGAGGCAUGGAGAACGACCUCUCUCACAGAGCCUCAUCUCGUAGGGAAUUCUGCUGCUUCUUUCGUUGAUAAUCUUAGGAAACGCAAAGGCAUUCUGGAGCCACAAGCUCGGAAGGCACAACGUCAACAGCAACCUGUUUUGGUAGAACAACUUGAAGGUUCGUCACAUUCAUCUAAGCUGCCCUUCUCAUCCGAGCAAACCGCAGGUGAACGGUUUGUACGGGUAAAAGCGGCAAAUCCACAAACAGGCCUUGCAAGUCUUCCAAAUUCGGACUCUUUAGCUAGGCCUUUCGAUAUCAAUCAGCCUUUAAGGUAUAUUGAGAAUUUUGAAAACUCCGAGGUAUAUCACACCUUGGCUUCAUGGCAAAAAGUCAUAGAGAGUGCACGAGUGAAAGAACAUCAUAUUCCGAAACGAUUUGAAGACUUAUUGCCUAAGAUUUUUGGCUCUAAAAGCACGAGCAUCCGAGAUAUCAUCGAAUUUGGCGGCUUGAGAAAGGUUUUUGCAGCACAUCCUACACCAUGGGAUCCUCAAUUGAAUGAGUACAUGUUGGAGUAUGCGGCGGCGAUUGGAUACAAUCCGGAAGGAACUCCGUCUGUUUUCACGCCUGAAUUCUGUUUAGAAGCUUCGCGUACUUUGAAAUCACUACAAACACAAUCUGAAAGAAAUUACGCUAUUGCGAAAAAGUACUUUUCGAGUAAUAUUGGAGAACAAAAGUUUGAAACACUUUCAGAUGAAAUUAUUCGACGAUCUCACCUUGCAUUGAUUUGGGUAGGGGAAUAUUUAGAAAAUGCUGCACAUUUAUCAAAAGCGCCUUAUUCAGAAGAAAGGGAUUUUGCAGGUUUCAAAGCAUAUGAAUUUUAUACUUGGUUUUUUGCGCAUUUUUCAAGUUUACAUGAAAAAUCAUUGGAUGAUCGUCUGAGAAGACUUGCUAUGAAAAAUCCUGGUGAUCUUAAAGAAAUGUCUAUACGGUAUACUACAACUUUUAUAAGAAAUAGAUUGGAUGCAAUGAAAUCACCUCAAAAAAAUCGAAAUCGGAUGCAAGCACUAGCUCUGUUCACGUUCACAGAGAAAGAAGAAAUCUCUAAAGAGGUGUUGGAUGAAGCAAAUUUGAGGCUCUCAAAGUUAUUAGCCCCUGGGGUCAAUCUGUAUCGCGAGGCACAAUAUGAGCCCAUGGUGGAAGAGUUUGGAAGUACCGUCACAGAUUUUUUAACACACGAAAAGCUCGGUGACUUGAUUUCAACACAGUCACCUACGCACGAAGCUUAUUCAGACCAUAUUGAAAAUUUACUGGUGGUGGCUCAAAUUCUACAAGACGGUCGAGGUCUCACUGAUAGUACAUUCAUGAAAAACAUACUAAAGAAAGUUCAGAAUCGAAUAGGGAGUCAAAAAUAUUAUGAAAGAGUAGAAGAAAUUGAAUCUAAAGCUAACGAGAUCAAGCUGUUUACCAAACUUGCUGAACAUAUGGGUUGGACAAGUCCAUUCACAAGAGAUCCAACAAAGAUUGAAGCAGUAAAAGUUCAAGUGUUACUUUCGAAUUUUUACAGCAAUCAUCGACCUGCGUACGAAACAGCGAGAGUUCUCGUUCGUCGAUUUCACCCAAAUGACCCACAAGCAGUAUGGGAUGACUUAAUAACCAGAGCUAUGAAUCAGGUUCAAUCUGAGUAUCAAUGGCUUGCUAGACAUCUUGAGGGAUCCCAAAUAUUGAGUAGCCAAAUGAAUGACGUCAAUUUUGAAGAAUGGCUACAAGACGCUCAAAUCCUUGGUCCACCAGCAUGGGCUUCGAUCCGAACGGAUACAGAUUCCCCGCCUCAAACCCGACAAGAGCUUUUGAAAGCAAUCAAACCAAUGGCAGAGCAAUAUGAAAAGAUAAAGAGAGCAGGAGAAUGGAGAGAAAUGAAAGGGUUCAUUGACAGAUUCAUGACUGAAACAUUUCGAGCCAAGGUGGAUUGGAUAUCCCAUGAUUUGCAGUUAGAAAAGCCUUGGUUGGAUGUGCUAAAUCCACCUAAGGCGAGAGCAUUCCAAAGUCAACUCUUUAGGUUUUUGAAUGACCCCACCAACGCGCAUGUCGUGAGCUUGGUUGUUAGGACCAUUGAUUCUCCAACUUAUGAACAGAGGAAGCGCUUCAUAUUAAUCCUCGAAGAAUCCCGUAACCAAGGAUUAAUUAGAAACAUGCGAUGA